AAAGGCAAGCAAGAGUCGAGAGUUGACUAUUCCAACACCCUCCCAUGGACAGAGAAAAACGUUUUGCUUACCACGGUUUGUAAUUAAAGCUCAUAAAUGAUGAUGGGUCAUGUUUUUUUCUUUAAAAAAAAACAGAACUUAUGUUGAUUAAGUCAAAUCUCCAAAGAGAAACCAAUAUGUAUAUAUAUUUGUCCUCGUCUUCCCCUCUUCUCUCAAAUACUCUUUCCUCAUCAUCUGUUUCAUCUUAUUGAGAGGUAUAUAUCCUAGCUAUAAUAAUGGGGUUACUUUCAAACAGGAUUGAACGAAGCGAGCUCAAGAAAGGGGAUCACAUUUACUGCUACAGGAAAGCUCACACGUUCUCUCACCAUGGAAUAUACGUGGGAAAUGACCGAGUUAUCCAUUUCCGCAAAUCAAAGAAGAAACACAACCCCAUACGCACCGUUUUGGGGAGAAAUAAGUCGUGUGGAGAAUGCGGAUAUAACCGAAUUGAGGACAAAGGUAUAGUGAAGACCUGUGUGGACUGCUUUCUAAAGCACCACAGACUCUUUCGGUUUGAAUACAAAGUUGGGGUAACUGAGGCUAUGGUUAAAAGGUCGGGUACUUGCAGCGCCGCCUCUCCCGACUUGGCUGAGGUGGUGAUUCAACGCGCCAAUGAUGAGCUAAAGAAUAAUAAAGAGUUUGGAGGGUAUGACUUUGUGGAGAACAACUGCGAGUGCUUUGCUUUCUACUGCACUACUGGCAUUCCUAGGAGCACGCAAGCAAAUGCAUUCAAAGAUGCAAUUCAGAAUGUUCGUAAAACUUUCCCCACUGGGGAACAUCAUUCUCCCAAACCCAUUUUCGAGUCUCUUUUGAAAGGCUAUCUAGAUGAUAAGAUCCGCAGAUUCAACGAGGAGAGUCUUAUAAAUAAGAAAAAUGAUGAUGAUGAUGAUGAUGAUGGGUCAGACCAAGACGAAUGAUGAUUAGAGCAGAUGAUGGAUCAGACUAUAUACUAUUUACAUAAAUUAAUGUAUAUGUGAUUUUUAUUUUUGUUUUUGUGUGCUUGUUAUUGGGUUUCAGAUACAUAUAUAUAUGUAAAAUAAAGAACAGUUUGGGUUUUAUUUUCUAAGUAUGUAUGAAUGAGUCUUAUAAUUUCAAUUAAUAAAAGUUUUACUUGAUUUGGUAUCAAGUA